UAUUAAAUCACUUUUGACAUUCUGUUUAACGACUGCCUUUGAAAACUCUGUUUAUUUAACGUCUUGUCUAAUCGAAAAUACUCACAAAAAGUAAAACAAUUUCCAAAUUAAAAGCAGUGAAGCGAAAAAAGUCAAAAACUAAAAACGGAUCUCGAAUUCACUUAAAAGCCAUAAAUACAUUCCCCCAUCAUCAUGGGCUUAACUAUUUCCACCCUGUUAAGUCGUCUAUUUGGCAAAAAGCAAAUGCGAAUACUUAUGGUUGGAUUGGAUGGAGCCGGCAAGACAACAAUUCUCUACAAACUCAAACUUGGCGAAGUCGUUUCGAGUAUUCCGACAAUUGGAUUUAAUGUCGAGACAUUGGAAUACAAAAACAUCUGCUUUACUGUUUGGGAUGUUGGUGGACAAGCCAAAAUACGUCCGAUGUGGAGACAUUAUUUUCAAAAUACAAAAGGUAUCAUUUUUGUUGUGGACUCAAGUGACAGGGAUAGAAUUAGUGAUGCUGAAAAGGAAUUAAGUGGUAUUAUGAGGGAGGAAGAAUUGCGAGAUGCAUUACUAUUGGUUUUUGCUAACAAACAGGAUCUACCGAAUGCGAUGACAGCUGGUGAGUUGAGGGAUAAGCUGCAUUUACAUCAAUUGACCACAAGGCGAUGGUAUAUUCAAGCUUCGUUAGCCACACAAGGACAUGGAUUGUAUGAAGGAUUGGAUUGGUUGUCGACUGAACUGAAUCGUAGUGCUGUGUCAAAUCGAGAUGCAUUUUGAGAAUUUUGUUUUUGAAAUAAAAAGAAAACAUAAGGAAUUGAAACUAACGA